UAAUAGUUAUUUUAUCACAGUCACACAUGUAUGAAGGCGAAUCGUUCAUGGGAUUAUCCGGGCGACACGUUUUCAAAACCCUUUACCCCUGUAGUCAGGGAACGCAAGAAGGCGGGUGCGACGGAGAUGGCAGGCGAGAGCCGAUGCAACGGCCGCAGCGGCAGCAGCAGUAGCAACAACGAUCAAACAGAAGCGAAGUUGCGUUCCGUCUUCGACGUCCCACCGGAUUUCUUUUAUUCAUGCCGCUUAGUUCACUUCGGAAGCUCUUCGUAUGUCCACUUCGAAAACCCUGCAACAGCCAUUGACGAAGAAGAUCUGAAGGGGAAUGAUUCAAGGGAUAAGAAAGAGAACAGAAAGGAUGUUCCCAGAUGGACUUGCAGUACUUGCAAAGCCGAAUUCGAGUCCCUUCAAGACCAGCGCUUGCAUUUCAAAUCCGACAUCCACAGGUUCAAUGUAAAGCUGAGCAUUGCUGGAAAGAACACUAUAAAGGAGGAAGAUUUUGAUGAGUUAACUUCAGAUUCUUUGUUCAAGGAUAGUGAUAUAUCAAGUAUAUCAGGGUCAGAAGAUGAGGCUGAGAAAGAUUUCUGUCCGAACAAUGACUUACACAAAAAAGGAGGGGAUAGUAGUAAACAAAAACUGUUUAUCAAUCUUCAGACGGGAGAGACAGUUUCUAUUUGGAAGUGCUUGCUUUUGGCUGAAUCCGAAACUAUCUCAUUUCAUGGUGAUAAGUUGGUUCCCGUGGAGAAGGGGUGUAACUUAAGAGAAAAUGAACUAGUUGAGAGGUUAAAGAAUCUGACCCAUGAGCCUCGGGAUAAAACACACUUACGGAUUGUGUUGCUUGCAAGUGGUGGACACUUUGCGGGAUGCGUCUUUGAUGGGAAUUCAGUUGUGGAUCACAAAACAUUCCAUAGAUAUGUUAUUAGAGCUAAGGCUGGUAAAAAGCAAUCAUCCAAAGAUGCAAGUGGCAAAGCUGCACACUCUGCUGGUGCUUCUCUUCGCCGGUAUAAUGAAUUGGCUCUGAAGAAGGAAAUUCAAGAAUUGCUUGAUGCUUGGAAGCGAUAUUUUGAUGCUUCAUCAUGCAUUUUCAUCUAUGCUCCUUCUGGCAAUAGUCAACUGUUUUUUAAUGGGGAAAAGGCACUCUUUACUCAUCAACAAUUAGUUGUACGGCAUAUUCCUCUGACUGUCCGUAGACCUACCUUCAAAGAAGCUAAGAGAAUAUAUAACCAUUUGACACAUCUGACCUAUGAGAUGGAUGAGAAGGGAUGUCCACCUAGCAUUAAAGUGGCAUCAGCAUCAUGUGCAGUAAAUAUGCAAAAUAGCCAUCUUGAUUCUAAUGAGGAAAAGUUGGUGGACUACUUUGAAAGAAAGGAAACCACUGUAGUAUGUUCAGAUCUCAAAAGUUAUGAUGCAUUGCCUCUAUCAAGUGAGAGUAAAUCUGUGGGUGUGACAACUCCUCUUCAUGAAGCAGCAAUGUCUGGCAAUGCUCAUAAAACUCUGGAGCUUUUAGAACAGGGUUUGGAUCCUUCUAUUAAAGAUGAAAGAGGGAGGACACCAUAUAUGCUGGCAACUGAGAAGGAAGUAAGGAAUAUUUUUAGACGGUUCAUGGCAUUGAACAUUGACAAGUGGGACUGGCAUUCUGCUAAAGUUCCUAGUGCAUUGACAAAAGAAAUGGAGGAAUCUCAAGCAGCUAAACAGGCGGAGAAAGAUGCCAAAAGGAAAGCAAAAUCAAAAGAAUUGAAGAAAUUGAGGAGAGCAAAAGAAAAGAAAGCUCAGGCACAGGCAGCUCUAUCUGAGAAAGUUCCCACAGUUUCACAAAGUCAGGGAGCCUCUUCGACCUCAAUUGUUAAAUCAUGGCCUCAAUCUAGCAGCAGUGCACCAAGCAUGUCUAAAGAGGAGGAGCUAAAGAGGGCAAUCGAUAUAGAGAGAGAAAAGAGAGCAGCAGCAGCUGAGAGGAGAAUAGCGGCAGCUCUCAAUGCUCAACCAGGCAACACUACUGUGGCACUGGUACCCAGCAGUUCACAGCCCAAAAGUGGGGUAGCAGGUGACAUUAGUUGUUCAUACUGCAAUAUCUCCUUGGCUGGCAAAGUCCCAUUCCAUAGAUAUCACUACAAGUACUGCAGCACAACAUGUAUGCAUGCACAUAGGGAGAUACUCGAGGCUGGAUAAACCCACCAUGCUUUCUGUUAAUGGGUUGUGAUUUAUCAGGGUUAAGUUACUUAUUCUUCAUUGUGGGUGCAUUGGAUAUUUCCCACCAUGACAUGAGAGGCUUUUCUUGUUUCUACCCUCAUCAUAAAGGUGGCUCAUAAAUUGCACAGAUUGCAAGGCAAGUAGGAGGGGGCAGAUAGUAACCAAUUCCCUAGGUAAGAAUAUUGUAAGAAUUCCAGUUUUAUUGCAGCAACAGUUCAAUUUGAUGUGUAGAUGUAUCAACUGGCUUCGCCUUUGCUUUUAUGACCAAACAUUGUCUAUUCAUUUACAUACAAAAUAUGUGGGGACCCUUAUAUUUAUCCUC